CCUACAACUGAAUCAGUCUCUUUUUAAACGUUCAACCCCACGCGUACAUAUUAAUUUGUAUAAUAGGCAAAUGAUUCUAAGAACAUUGCUGAGCUUGUACAAUUGUUUUGUAAAUAACAAAAGAAGCUUCACUUAAACGUCUGUCACUUUUUUCUGACUAAUCUAAAUGUCAUGAAAUUUGACACAUAGUAUUUUGAAAGUUGGUACUUUAUAAACGUCAUAUGGAUUUGUCAAUGGCAGCGCCAUCUGUGUGUCAUUCACACGACUUAUUGAGUCAUAUAGUUAGUCCAAUUCAAUUCUUUUCAAUAUUCGUUUUUGUUUGCUCGCUGUUGUCAAGUGGAAUCACUGUUGAUUCCUUUGGAAUGUUCUAAAGUCUGUUUGAAUAGCGUUUAGUAAAGGAACUUUUUCUUCGUCAGAAUUCAAUUGAAAUCUUGUUGAGUAUAUGUGAUAUUUGACUGCUUUCUCCCAAAAUUGGAUCCCAUAGGGUCUAUAAUAGCUUGAAGCUGACUUUAUAAACCAGAAGUUUAUUUUGUAAUAUAAAUUUAUAUUGACGUCCGGCUGAAGAUUGAAUAUUGGCGCUCUAAAUAAUUCGCAGUAUGAGUUUGAUUUAUCGCGUAAACUUACGUAUAUAAGGGCGUUUCGUUAGCAUCUUAAUCAGUUUAGUUUUGUGAUUCAGUGAGUGAGUUUCAAGAUGUUUUGUAUCAUACCAGUGAUCGCAGUUUCCUGUUUUGAUUUACCUGGUCUGCCAGUGGAAUUGUGGAUAACUAUUUUGAGUUUUGAUAAUUUGAAACCAAUAUGACUGUCGCUCAAAUAGCAGCUAAUACAACUGUAUUAGCAGGCGCUGCAGUUCUAGCUUACUUGGGAUUCCAAUUUUUCCAAAAGAAAAAGAAGGAAAUCAUACCGUGGAACUGGGAAGAAGUGGGUAGUUUAUCACAUCUGUACAUAUAUCCACUGAAGAGUGGACAUAGAAUGGAAGUAACUAGAGCAGAAUGUACCGAAGUUGGUUUGAAACAAACAGAAGAAGAUGAAAAAGUUUUACAAUUACGGGAUAGAGGAUUAGUAGUUUACGCUGAAAGAAAUAACGAAUUCAGAACUGCUAGGACGUAUCCCCAACUGAUGCAAAUCGAUAUUAGUGUCCAUGAUGAAAAACAUUUAGCAAUAGAUGCACCUACUAUGAGGACAUUGUAUGUCAAAAUUCCAAAUAACACUGACAAUAAGGAAAUUAAAAUCAAACUUCACAAAGGUGAAGAAUGUUAUUCUAUCGAUUGUGGAGACGAAGCAGCCUUAUGGUUUUCGAGAUAUAUACUAGAAAAAGACACUGGAUUGCGCCUAGGAUAUCACGACGGUAGUCAAAGGAGAGAUAUCACGAAAACUCAUAACAAAUAUUUGGAAUUUUAUAAAAAUCUAACAAAUUCAUCUAUAGGUCUGUAUUCCGAUCUGACAAGCCUGUUAUUGGUAAACCAAACGUCUGUGAACGAUUUGAAACAAAGAAUAAGUAAUACCACUAUUUCCGCUAACAAUUUUCGACCAAAUUUGGUAGUUGAUGGACUGGAUUUGAAGCCGUAUACCGAAGAUAAUUGGGAAUGGAUUAAAAUUGGUGACGUCGUAUUAAGGAACGUCAAGGAUUGUACAAGAUGUACGAUGACGACUAUCGAUCCUGAUACAAGUAUCCGAGAUAAAAAUAGGGAACCUCUAGCUACACUAGAAAAGUACAGAAUGAGUAAUGGUCCCGAUGCGUUACCAGUGAUGGGAAUCAAUUUAGAAGUCAGAAAAACUGGAAUUAUAAAAGUGGGAGAUAAAGUUUUGGUAUCUAAGAAAUAAUAGAUUCGGCAAAAUUGAUAAUUAGUUGUUUUAAAUUAAUAUAGUUUGUGAAAAUAAACAAAAAAUCUCGUUAA